GGAGAAUGACCAGCAAUGUCCAAGUUGAACAUUCCACCCUUUGUGCCUGCCCGGACUGUGCUGGAAGGCCUCGAGUCAGAGGAUGCGUGUGAAGACAAGAAAGCUGUAAAAAAGGAGAUCCAUAGCAAAAAGGGAGCCAAAAAGGACAAAAUGGAAGAGGAGAAUACAGACCUGCUCAGACUUUGCCACACAGUACCGCUGGAGGUGGUGAACUUAGGUGGGAAAGGUUACGAUCCAGAGAAGAAAGACUACUCAGGUUUUGAGGCCUGGUUGCAGUGUUACUAUGUGGAUGGAAUGAAGUCUGUACGCGACCACAAUGGCAGGACUAUGUGGUUCAAAGGCGAUCCAGGUCCUAUGGCUCCUAAAGAAUCAAAGUCUCCAAAGGCCAAAAAGAGAAAAGAUACAGAUGCAGACCAUGAUUACCCCCGCAAGAAAAAGGUGUCCAGGAAACACAACUCUGACAGCACAGUGAAGAAAAAAGCAGCCAAAAAGCCCACAAAAGCAGCAAAGGAAGAAGAAAAUGGACCUCAAGAAGAAGCCACACCCAGAAGAAGAUCAGCAAACACACCUCAGCAAGAACCGAAAUCCACGUCAGGCAGGAGGAAAAAGAACAAUACAGAGCCAGCUGCAGGUCUGAUUCUAAUAAUACUCCCAUUUUCUGAAAAUAUUAAGAGCCUGAUCUUUGAGGAUCCAAUUCCCACACACUUAUCUGUGUGCGCAAACUAUAAAAUUGCAUGUACUGUUGGUGGACGUGUUGUAUGUGAUCUACUUUGUGCAAUUGAUAGCAGCAAAAGUGGCACAGAUCACCCUAUUUUUGUGUACUAGAAGCAUUAUGUGCCCUUGGAAACACUUCUUUCCCUCUACAUUCAUGUUAUUAUGCUCUCCACACUGGAGGGGGGCUUAUAUUAGAUUAUAGCACAUAUCGAUCAUCUAACACCUUUUCUGCAAUAUAGAAUCACAGUAUGUAUACUAUUUGCAGCAGGAAUGAUCAAACUGCAUAUUGCAAGACAUUUUUUUUAGGAGUUAUACUAAAUACAAAAAAAAAAACGCAACGCUUUUGUUCUUGUUCCCAAUUUAAAUGAACUCAAAGAUCGAAAACUUUGACUAUAAACACAAAAUACCUGUUCCUCUCAAAUAUUGUUCACAAAUCUGUAUACAUUUGUUAGUGAGCAUUUUUUCUUUGCCAAGAUAAUCCAUCCCACCUGACAGGUGUGCCUUGAGCUGUCCAAAAUAAAAGGCCACUGUGAAAUGUGCAGUUUUAUCACACAACACAAUGCUUCAGAUGUCGCACGUUUUGAGGGAGCGUGCAGUAGGCAUGCUGACUGCAGCAAUGUCCACCAGAGCUGUUGCCCGUCAAUUAAAUGUUUAUUUCUCCGCCAUAAGAAUAGAAUAGAAUAGAAAGUACUUUAUUGAUCCCUGGGGGAAAUUCAGCACCACAGUUCGCUCACAAUAAACAAUGAUAAUAAUAAAUAAUAUAAUAUAUAUGAAUAAUAUAAAUAUAUUCUACAUUUAAGUGCAGUCAAGGAACAUAUGCAUUAUACAGUCUGAUGGCUGUCGGUGUGAAGGACCUCCUGUGUCGUUUCGUGUUGCAUUUUGGGAGUCUGAGCCUUCCACUGAAUGUGCUCAUUCUCUCUGCAAGGUCCGAGUGUAGUGGGUGGGAGGUGUUGUCCAUAAUGGCUAGGAGUUUUGCUAGACUUCUCUCUGACACCACCGCCAGAGAGUCCAGCUCCACUCCCAUCUUGUUACUGGCCUUCUCUACCAACUUGUCCAGUCUGUAUGUGUCCCUCACUCUCAGCCCGCUGCCCCAGCAGGCCACGGCGUACAAGAGGGCGCCUGCCACCAGCGACUCGUAGAACAUCUUCAACAUCUUUGUACAGACGUUGAAGGAUCCUAGCCUCCAAAGGAAAUAUAGAUUUGGCUCUGUCCCUUCUUGUAGAGGGCCUCAGCGUGUUUUGACCCAUUCAGCUUGUUGUCCAUGUGUACUCCGAGGUAUUUAUAAUCCUCUACCAUGUCCACAUCCACCCCCUUGAUGGAAAGAGGGGUCACCAGAGUACUCCUCCUCCUUCCCAGGUCCACAACCAGCUCCUUGGUCUCCGUAACAUUGAGCUGGAGGUGGUUCUUUCCACACCAUGUGACAAAGUCCUCCACCAGUGUCCUGUAUUCCUCGUCAUCACCUUCCUCAAUACACCCCACUAUCGCAGAGUCAUCAGAAAACUUCUGAAGGUGGCAGGACUCUGACUGAUAGUGGAAAUGGGUGGUGUAAAUGGUGUAGAGGAAGGGGGAAGAGUACUGUAGCCUCCGGGGCCCCGGUGUUGCUGACCAGCCUGUCAGACACACAGUCCUGCAGUCGCAUAUACUGUGGUCUGUCAGUCAGGUAAUCUACAACCCAGGACACCAAGGGGGCCUCCACCUGCAUCUUCUCCAACUUCACACCCAGUAGCCCAGGCCGUUUAGUAUAAGCCGCCUCCAAAGGUGUUUCAGAGAAUUUGGCAAUACAUCCAACUGGCCUCACAGCCGCAGACCAUAUUGAUUGGCUGAGACCUGCCACCCGGACAGCUGCUACAACAAUUGGUUUGCUUAACCAUAGCAUUUCUGCACAAACUGUAAGAAACUACCAUGAAUUGAUUAACGUGGACCCCGACUUAAACAAGUUGAAAAACAUAUUGGGGUGUUACCAAUUAGUGGUCAAUUGUACGGAAUAUGUACUGAACUGUGCAAUCUACUAAUAAAAGUAUCAAUCAAUCAAUCUGUCUCAAGAAAGCUCAUCUGCAUGCUCGUGGUCCUCAUCGGGGUCUCGACCUAACUGCAGUUUGUCUUCUUAACCAACUUGAGUGGGCAAAUGCUCACACUCAAUGGCGUCUGGCACAAUACAGAGGUUUUGGUAUGUUAUUAUUGACAGCGAAACCACGUGCAUUUUAUUGAUGGCAUUUUCCAUGCGCAGAGAUACCGUCACGAGACCCUGGGCCCCAUUGUUGUACUAAUCACCCGAGGCCAUCACCUUUAUAAAUAACAUUUACUAACUCAUGUUGCAAGGAUCUGGAAGCUAAAAACAUCCCAGUUCUUGCAUGACCAGCAUACUCACCGGACAUGUCACCCAGUAAGUAAUUUUUGAGAGGAAUAUAUAUUUUGUGUAUAGUAAAAGUUUCAGAUCUUUAAGUUCAAUUCAUGAUAAAUGGGAGCAAAAACAAAAGUGUUGCGUUUAUAUAUUUGUUCAAUACCAUAUUUUUCGGAGUAUAAGUCGCGCCUGCCGAAAAUGCAUAAUAAAGAAGGAAAAAAAACAUACAAGUCGCACUGGAGUAUAAGUCGCAUUUUGGGGGGGAAAUUUAUUUGAUAAAAGCCAACACCGAGAAUAGACAUUUGAAAGGCAAUUUAAAAUAAAUCAAGAAUAGUGAAGAACAGGCUGAAUAAGUGUAGGUUAUAUGAGGCAUAAAUAAGCAACUGCUAUGUUAAGCUAACAUAUUAUGGUAAGAGUCAUUCAAAUAACUAGAACAUAUAGAACAUGAUAUACCUUUAACAAACUAUCUCUCACUCCUAAUCCAUAAAUCCCAUAAAAUCUUAUACGUCUAGUCUCUUACGUCAAUGAGAUAAAUAAUAUUGAUAUUUUACGGUAAUGUGUUAAUAAUUUCACACAUAAGUCGCUCCUGAAUAUAAGUCGCACCCCCGGCCAAACUAUGAAAAAAAAAACUGCUACUUAUAGUCCGAAAAAUACGGUGCAUAUUUUCUAAAUCAAAAAAGGAAUACCAUUAAAAAACAACAUAAAUUAAUAGACUUUGGUUUAAUCGGCCCUUUAAGUUGUCCAGCAGCUAUAAAAUGAUAUUGCUGAAUAUAUAUCUUCUUCUUUUUAUUUCUAACAGUCCAAAUAUGACAUGCACACGUAGAACAAAGGCUUCUCUGUUCAGUUGUCUUUGCAGCGUGAUGGCCUCCUUUCUCACAGCCCUGUGUGCAACUAUGUCAGUUGUCUUUGCAGCGUGAUGGCCUCCUUUCUCACAGCCCUGUGUGCAACUAUGUCAGUUGUCUUUGCAGCGUGAUGGCCUCCUUUCUCACAGCCCUGUGUGCAACUAUGUCAGUUGUCUUUGCAGCGUGAUGGCCUCCUUUCUCACAGCCCUGUGUGCAACUAUGUCAGUUGUCUUUGCAGCGUGAUGGCCUCCUUUCUCACAGCCCUGUGUGCAACUAUGCCAGUUUGCACGCAGAUUUCAGACUUUUUAAGAGGCACGAUACUGCCUGCAGGACACUUUCAGCAUUGAUAAAUCUCACUGUUCAUGUUGAGUGAUUUGUAUUUGCAUUUUCUCCUCCCAGUAUUGUGGGCAUUCUGAUAAUCAACAUAUAUUCUGCAUACAUCAUUAAGACAAAUAUGUUAAAUGGAGGGAAUAAGCGAUAGAAAAUGGAUGGAUGGGAUGGAUUGCACUCCUUGUUUUGCUCAUUAAUCGACAAAUAUUUAGAUCAGCUUUGCGUGUGCUAACAAGUUUGCAUGUGUUUUGAUACACAUAAACCUUUUGUAGAUUAUACUGUAAGUGUGGUAAACUUACUUUUUGUUGCAGGCUUCAAGACACGUAGCGGGAGACUGACAAGACAGAAUGUCAAGUAAAGGACAUCUAUUGGAAAAUACUGUUUUUAUUCCAUGAUACAUAUUUUUAAUAAACAUUCCACACGUUUA